GAGGACUACAGACAUACAAGCAAGGUUGGUACUUUCUCGUCCUAGUUUUACUACAUGACUGAGCCUAAAUAGUUAAAAAUUCAGCUCUUAAAAUACUCAAUGUAAGUUUUCAAUUUGAAGUGUUCCUUUCAAGUGAGAUUACCAACUUCACUCAGUUGUGUUUGCUUAACUGAAGAUAUUUUACUGGCAGUUGGCUAUUUUGUUAUGAUGUACAUCUUUUCAGUUUAUUGCCCCCGCAGGGAUUUCGCCCAGAAAGCGAAAUCCCGAGGAGGCAUCCUCGCGCGUAUAUUAAGGAAAGUACUUACAGUUGAAACAUACAGUCAGCAUGCCAGAAAAAAUCCCGAUUUGCUUGAACAGGGGCCGCGAGGAAUGGGUAGGUAAUGAUGACGUUUCUAUUGCUUGCGCCCGCAAGUACGAAAUGGUUAAGAUGACGUAAAGACAGAAAAUCCCAAAGGGACCCCAAUAGGUAGAUUUUGUGACAUUCACUGUCCAGUCCGUACUCUUUUGCGUUACAUGUUAUCAUUGACACAUCUGUGGAGCAGUUGUUUUGAAAGUUAUGGAUCAAAAAACACUCGUUAAGCGCAGAUGAAGUUAUAAGGUGGGUAUAACUAUAGACACUUGGAGAGUUCAGUGCCAGAAACGAGUUCAAAAGUCUUUGAUUAGAAACCUUGCCAGACACUCUUUCUCUCUCUUUGACCGGAAUAAGACUCAGCCCCAAACAAGCAAGACGAGUGGAUCAACGGCUAGCUUAUCACUAGCAGAACGAUGGACGAUUACAGAAAUUCGCCGACAAUUAAAUUCUGUGCUGACUUAUUCCCUGCUCACAGAUGUCCUUCAGCUAUAUGGUUUAAAACAAGACUAGAAUGUGCAAGAGUGAAUUGAUCAAACGUCCUUUUAACUUCUAAGGCUUACUUCCCGGCCGGCAAAUAAAAUGAACUGAAUGUAAAAAGUGAAAGAGAAAUAGAGAAAAAUUCAACUUCUAAUUAAAUCUUUUCUUAAGGUUUAGAAUAAACUAUUCUCGAAACUGAGAAUGUAAUGAUCAAAGCUGUGUAAAUCGAACAGAAACUGUGCAUGGAACCUUGCGUUUCUUGUAUUUAUAUCUCACCUAUUGUAUGGAAUGUGGGUAGUUUCGAAAACGAAGCGCUCGAAAACGAAGACGGAAGCACGAAGCACCCAAAUCUCGAAAACGAAGCACCCAAACUACUCGAAAACGAAGCACCUAUCGAAAACGAAGCACUCGAAAACGAAGACCCCUAAACUUGAAACCGGUCUGUCCUUUAUAAAUUGGCUCGAAAGUCUCUUCUGGUCUCUUGCUAAUACAGCAGGAAUCAACCACGAUAGCGAAUUGAAUGCAGUUCAAAUCUACUCAAGUAGNAAACCUUGCCAGACACUCUUUCUCUCUCUUUGACCGGAAUAAGACUCAGCCCCAAACAAGCAAGACGAGUGGAUCAACGGCUAGCUUAUCACUAGCAGAACGAUGGACGAUUACAGAAAUUCGCCGACAAUUAAAUUCUGUGCUGACUUAUUCCCUGCUCACAGAUGUCCUUCAGCUAUAUGGUUUAAAACAAGACUAGAAUGUGCAAGAGUGAAUUGAUCAAACGUCCUUUUAACUUCUAAGGCUUACUUCCCGGCCGGCAAAUAAAAUGAACUGAAUGUAAAAAGUGAAAGAGAAAUAGAGAAAAAUUCAACUUCUAAUUAAAUCUUUUCUUAAGGUUUAGAAUAAACUAUUCUCGAAACUGAGAAUGUAAUGAUCAAAGCUGUGUAAAUCGAACAGAAACUGUGCAUGGAACCUUGCGUUUCUUGUAUUUAUAUCUCACCUAUUGUAUGGAAUGUGGGUAGUUUCGAAAACGAAGCGCUCGAAAACGAAGACGGAAGCACGAAGCACCCAAAUCUCGAAAACGAAGCACCCAAACUACUCGAAAACGAAGCACCUAUCGAAAACGAAGCACUCGAAAACGAAGACCCCUAAACUUGAAACCGGUCUGUCCUUUAUAAAUUGGCUCGAAAGUCUCUUCUGGUCUCUUGCUAAUACAGCAGGAAUCAACCACGAUAGCGAAUUGAAUGCAGUUCAAAUCUACUCAAGUAGAACUGCGAGGUGUUGUAAAUGUACUGUAUGGCCAGGAAAAGCCAAUCAGGCGUCAGUCUCCCACACGAAGCCGUCGUUUGUCUAGUCCUUUGUCUAGCGUGGCGUAAGAGUCUUACGCGCGAGCCUCACUCUCCGUUUUCAACCUCGUUUCAGACCUUUUGUGUUAGUGCUCGCGCAUACUUGCAUACGUCAAAAUACGGUCAGUUUUGAAGUCUACAUAAAUAUGUAUGUGUACCGAAAAAAAUGCAUAUUAAGAUAAGAUGUAUCAGGUAUAGCGAGACUAAUAAUAAAAUUAAUACAGGAUAUCCUAUCUAGAAACGUUCAGUUAAUUGGCAGGCUUUUAUAAAACCUUGGGAUGGUUUUGUCGACCUUUGGAGAUGCGAACGCGUGCGAGUUUUGGGUGCUUCGUUUUCGAGAUUUGGGUGCUUCGUGCUUUGGUCUUCGUUUUCGAGUGCUUCGUUUUCGAAACUACCAUGGAAUAUGUGUGAAAAUCUUGAUUAUGAAUCCGAAGGGGGAAAAUUUCAAAGAGCCACUAAACGAGCAAGAAUACUAUUGAAAGACAAUAUACAGAGCGGAGCAGCGGUAGUGUCAUUUUCCUUUUUCGAUUUUAUUUUUAUUUUUCGAUUUUAUUUUUUAUUUUUUAGCUAAUUAUGUGAAUAAUUACAGGACCCUUUUGAUAACAGUUCUUUUUAUUAGAACUGAUAGGUUAUCCUGUAUAAAUAUUCGCGUUAUUAUUAUUAUUAUUAUUAUUAUUAUUANAAAUCUACUCAAGUAGAACUGCGAGGUGUUGUAAAUGUACUGUAUGGCCAGGAAAAGCCAAUCAGGCGUCAGUCUCCCACACGAAGCCGUCGUUUGUCUAGUCCUUUGUCUAGCGUGGCGUAAGAGUCUUACGCGCGAGCCUCACUCUCCGUUUUCAACCUCGUUUCAGACCUUUUGUGUUAGUGCUCGCGCAUACUUGCAUACGUCAAAAUACGGUCAGUUUUGAAGUCUACAUAAAUAUGUAUGUGUACCGAAAAAAAUGCAUAUUAAGAUAAGAUGUAUCAGGUAUAGCGAGACUAAUAAUAAAAUUAAUACAGGAUAUCCUAUCUAGAAACGUUCAGUUAAUUGGCAGGCUUUUAUAAAACCUUGGGAUGGUUUUGUCGACCUUUGGAGAUGCGAACGCGUGCGAGUUUUGGGUGCUUCGUUUUCGAGAUUUGGGUGCUUCGUGCUUUGGUCUUCGUUUUCGAGUGCUUCGUUUUCGAAACUACCAUGGAAUAUGUGUGAAAAUCUUGAUUAUGAAUCCGAAGGGGGAAAAUUUCAAAGAGCCACUAAACGAGCAAGAAUACUAUUGAAAGACAAUAUACAGAGCGGAGCAGCGGUAGUGUCAUUUUCCUUUUUCGAUUUUAUUUUUAUUUUUCGAUUUUAUUUUUUAUUUUUUAGCUAAUUAUGUGAAUAAUUACAGGACCCUUUUGAUAACAGUUCUUUUUAUUAGAACUGAUAGGUUAUCCUGUAUAAAUAUUCGCGUUAUUAUUAUUAUUAUUAUUAUUAUUAUUAUUACUAGUUAUUUCUAUUCAGUGUUACGUCCUAUUUUCGCAUUUUCAUGAACCACCUGAAAUUGGUUUUACAAAAGACGAUUUUAUAGUCGUAUUAGUUCUUCCAUCUUUCUGUAAAACCUGAAAAAAGUAGAAUUACGGAAGCCGAUGAUUGAUUCCUGUAACCGGUCAUCUGUUUGGCUUGUUUUGUUUUGAUUUUUUUUUAAUUCGAAAGUUGAGAGUAAGAAUUUGAUAACUAUCAAGACUACUUAGUUUAGUAGUCUUCAGUUUUCCUCAAGUAUAGUGUAGCGAGCAAAAUACGCCAAUACAUGUAGCCUGCAGUGCAGGCGUUUUCUUCGGGCGCGCAAAUGUUUUUGCUCGCGAAAGCGCCAUGUUGAAACUUUCCGAAGAGAAAAGGAAAUAGGGCGAGUCCCGCCUUUCCUUCUUUCGCCCUCGCACUUACCCACUGUCAUAAAAUCAAAGAUGGCGGCUACAACAAUACGAACACGAACAAGGUUUCGCCCACCCAAAAUACGCCUGCACUGCAGGCUAAUACAAGUGAAAAUCUUCACUUUUCCUGAGAAGAAUAAAAAAUACUGCUCUCUUUGUGGUGAUCGUUAAACAAUAUAUUUCAUUCCACAGUUUGAUUCUGCGAUCAUGUUAUUCUGUAUGAAGAUACCAUCGGCCAUUAUGUUAUGGAUAGUACCGUUGCUGUUGAUCCCUUUGUGUUCAGCUGCGAGUAGUAAAAACAGCAGCAACAAGGUGAGUUUGAUUUGUUAAAUUUCAGAUGAUCGAGACUUUAUUUGAUAUCAGUGAUUAAUCGAGAAAGUUAACGGUCGUUGAAAGCACUCAUUUGCCAGAAAAAAUGGAAUAAAAUGGAAUGGAAUCAAUGAAAGUAUGUGUCAGAAUGAUUGUCCUAACAUCCGACGCCGUUUUCAACUUUUUUUUGUAUAUCUAGACAUGUUUUAUGCCUCAAUUUUAACUAUACAUAUUAAUGGUAGAAUUUAUAAUCGAAGUGGAUUGUCCCCUAGUCAAAGAGUGUAAAUGAGCAGGAAAUGAAUAGUUGAACAAUAAUUCUGAAAUAAUCGUAAUUUAGUAGUUGAAUUUUUGCUCAACUGAAUGAACGAAUGAUGGACUUGACAAAUGAGUCUAGCAGUGAGAAUCAUGUAGUGUCAGCGGCCAAAAGUAGACUCCUUCUCGCGUCUGAAUUUGUUUUACUGUUCUUAGCUGUCAUUUAUUAUUAUUAAUUAAUAUACAUUGUCAAUUGUUUAGUUACUUGUUUUUCGAGGGCUAUUCAAGGAACAAACAUACCAAGUGCAUUAACCCCAAAUCAAAGAGAAUAAAUAAUGCAUUGAUCUUUUUCAUUGAUUUCUGCCCUUAAUUUCUCAACAGAAUUCCCAACAUGGCUCUUGUGGUUUCUCUCCGUGUUCACCCUGCGCACCGGGGAUACCGGGCAUCCCAGGAUACCCGGGACCCGCGGGACCAGCUGGCCCAGUCGGAAGCAAGGGUGAUGCAGGUUCCCCUGGCCUCAAGGGACCACAAGGCCCCUCGGGUCAAGCUGGAAAGAAGGGUGAUACAGGUCCUCCUGGAAGUCAAGGUCCCUCAGGUCCCAAGGGGGCUUCAGGGUCUUUUGCACGUAAUUGGAAACAGUGCGUUUUUAAGAAUCUGAACGACGGCAGGGACUCAGGAUUGGUCAAGGUAAAAGCUAAGUUGGCCUCAGAAUAAAAAGUUCGUCAGUUUCGGAAGUUUUAUUUAAAAAGAACGAAUUUUCUUUGAAGGUCUUGUUCGCAAAUUUGCUUGGAUUAGAACCAGUGGCCCUUGUGGCUCCGAUCAUUUCUUUAAUUAUUUAUGACUUCCAAAAAAUUUACAAUUUUAUCGAGUAAAAUCUUGCAAAUCAAAUGUUUUUACAAGGAAGCACUCCUCAGCAGUUUUGAAUGGUAAUACCAUGGGAUUUUGUUCACAGAUUAAAGUGUUAGUUUAACCCACCUUGUACCACUGUACCAUACGAAAGCAUUGUUAUAAUUCAGUGCCGGAUCCAGACCUUGAGAUAAGGGGGAGGGCGUGGGGGCAGCGGUCUCCAAAAAUACUUUUUCUGCCCUUGGGGCCUCAGUUUGGUCUAAAAAUUAAGAGGGGGGAAGGGGAGACGGGUUACCCGAUCCCCUCCCCUGGAUCCGCCACUUUAAUUUGAAUCGUAGUCAGAGCUGUCUCUCUGUGGGUAAAAAAAUUAAAAGAUUACUCUGAUAAUCUUGAAUUUUCUUGCUUUUCCCUUUCAACAGGAAUGCAUUUUCAAGAAGACGUCGGACAACACAAGUCUGCGUGUCUACUGGAGUGGCCAACUCCGCAUCCAUAACUGCGACGACUGUUGCAGGCGAUGGUAUUUCACUUUUAAUGGCGCAGAGUGCUCGGCUCCAGCAGCUAUUGAUGCUGUAGUCUACAUGAGAUAUGGAACUGGCAGCAGACUAAAAAAUUUGCACCGCCCACGUCACGUCGAGGGAGUCUGCGAUAAAAUCCACAAAGGUACUGUGCGCGUGGGAUUCUGGGUCGGAAACUGCGCAAGUUACGGUUCUGCUGAUGCGAACACAGGAUGGAACUCGGUGUCCCGGAUCUACGUGGAAGAAAUACCACCCCCACAAGCUUGA